CGCGUGAUCUAAAGCAACGUCUACUUCCUCUGGCUGCAGUGAGCAGCUUAAAGUGAUCAGUUUUGUUUUUAUAUCAUAUUUUAAUGGUUUGAUAUGGAUGUGGUUCUGUAUGUCGCAGCGGCCGCGAUUCUGCUGGUUCUGAUAGUGUUUGCGGUGAAAGUCCGCGGACGAACUCAAGACGCUGAUGUUGAGGAUCAUCAGAAUGUUUCGGCUCGAGUCUCAGCGCGCCCGCAGGCGGCACCGGAGCGAGCAGCAGGGAUGCCACGCCGCCGCAGGGGUCUCCACAGCAGAGUGAAUGCACAGCGGGCACAGCAGGCAUCAGACAACGAGGACAGUCCAGUGGAGGCGGAUGAAGAUGAGGAAGACAGAAACGCAUCUGAAGAACGGCCUCAAGCUGCUGGAAAAGUCGGAGCAAAGAAACAGCGGAAACUGGAGGAGAAACAAGCGCGGAAAGCUCAGAGAGAGGCUGAGCAAGAAGAGCGAGAGGAGAGGAAGCGUCUUCAGGAACUCAGAGAUCAGGAGAGACAGAAAGAAGAGGAGAAGGAGCGCCAGCACGAGCAGAAGCAGGAGGAGGAGUUGCGGCGGGUGAAGGAGGAGCAGGAGCGGAGGGAGGAGGAGGAGUACCAGCGUCUGAAGGAGUCUUUCAUCAUUGAGGAUCAGGGGGAAGCAGAAGAGCUCACCGAACAUGAGUCGCAAAGUCUGCUGCAAGAGUUCAUCCAGUAUGUGCAGAAAUCCAAAGUGGUUUUGCUGGAGGAUCUGGCAUCUCAGUUUGGCUUGCGCACACAGGAUGCUAUUGCCAGACUUCAGGACCUGAUAGCUGAUGGUUCCCUUACAGGAGUGAUCGAUGACCGAGGGAAGUUUAUUUUCAUCACACCGGAGGAGCUGAACGCUGUGGCUCAGUUCAUUAAGCAGAGAGGAAGAGUUUCCAUCUCUGAACUCGCUCAAGCCAGCAACACACUCAUAAACCUCACGCCGGACAUACACAGCAGCGCAUGAGAUACACCGCUAUUCACCACAGUAAACUCCUCAGACAAGGACUUGUAAAUAAAGCGUGUUAUACUAUG